AUGGCCUUCGCCGGCCAAACCCCCACGAUUGUGGUGCUGAAGGAGGGCACAGAUGCCUCUCAGGGAAAGGGCCAGAUCAUCUCCAACAUCAAUGCUUGUGUCGCCGUGCAGGCAACAGUCAAGAGCACUCUCGGUCCUUACGGUGGUGAUCUCCUGCUUGUCGAUGCCAAUGGCAGACAGACCAUCACGAACGAUGGAGCUACAGUUAUGAAGCUUUUGGAUAUUGUGCAUCCCGCCGCCCGCAUCCUCACGGAUAUCGCCCGGUCCCAAGACGCCGAAGUCGGUGACGGAACAACCUCUGUCGUGGUCCUCGCUGGUGAGAUUCUCAAGGAGGUCCGUGAUCUCGUUGAGCAGGGUGUCAGCUCGCAGACCAUCAUUAAGGGUCUGCGGAGGGCAAGCGCCAUGGCGGUCAACAAGGUUAAGGAGAUUGCGGUGGAUAUGAUGGACUCGUCGGUCACCCAGGAGAAGAAGGUCGAGACACUAAGACGGUUAGCCGCGACGGCCAUGAACAGCAAGCUCAUCAAGCGGAAUUCGGACUUUUUCACAAAGAUGGUUGUCGAUGCUGUGCUCUCUCUCGACCAGGAUGAUCUCAACGAGAAGUUGAUCGGCGUUAAGAAGAUUACCGGUGGUGGCCUCCAGGAUUCCCUUUUCGUCGACGGUGUCGCUUUCAAGAAGACCUUCUCCUACGCCGGUUUUGAACAGCAACCUAAGCACUUCAAGAACCCCGGGAUUGUGUGCCUGAACGUUGAGCUUGAGUUGAAGAGCGAGAAGGAUAACGCCGAGGUCCGUGUUGAGCAGGUUUCAGAGUACCAGGCUAUCGUCGAUGCCGAGUGGCAGAUUAUUUUCAACAAGCUUGAGGCUAUUCACAACACUGGAGCUAAGGUUGUGCUCAGCAAGCUGCCCAUCGGUGAUCUUGCUACACAGUACUUUGCGGACCGUGACAUCUUCUGUGCUGGCCGUGUUGCUUCCGAUGACAUGGACCGUGUCUGCCAGGCUACCGGAGCCGCAACCCAGUCGACCUGCAGUGACAUCCACGAGCGCCACCUCGGAACCUGUGGCGCCUUCGAGGAGCGCCAGAUUGGUGGCGAGCGUUUCAACCUCUUCUCCGACUGCCCUCUCGCCAAGACUUGCACCCUCGUCCUGCGUGGUGGCGCUGAGCAGUUCAUUGCCGAGGUGGAGCGCAGUCUGCACGAUGCUAUCAUGAUCGUUAAGCGCGCUCUGCGCAACACAACUAUUGUCGCCGGUGGUGGUGCUACCGAGAUGGAAUUGUCCAGCUACAUGCACGGCUUUGCCGACCGCAACGUCCCCCACAAACAGCAGGCCGUCGUCAAGGCCUUCGCCAAGGCUCUCGAGGUUAUUCCCCGCCAGCUGUGUGACAACGCCGGCUUCGACGCUACAGACAUCCUGAACCGCCUGCGCGUGGAGCACCGCAAGGGCAACGUCUGGGCUGGUGUGGACUUCGACAACGAGGGUGUCCGUGACAACAUGACCGCCUUUGUUUGGGAGCCCAGUCUGGUCAAGGUCAACGCCAUUCAGGCCGCCGUGGAAGCUUCUUGCUUGAUCCUGAGUGUGGAUGAGACGAUAAAGAACGAGGAAUCCGCCCAACCUGGUCAGCAGCGCGGUAUGCCACCAGGUGCUGCCCAGCGGGCCCUCCGCGGCCGUGGCCGUGGUAUGCCCCGACGCGGUUAA